AUGCUUUUUCAUAAUGUUAUUAAUCUUCUAAUUUUGUUAAUCAUUCUUGUUCAAAUUGGAACUGGAAUUGAAAGAACACCUGUUCAAGUGACAGGUUACAAUCCAUAUGCUUAUUUCUAUUCAACUGUUUAUAAUCAAUAUUAUAUGGUAGAAAAAAAAUUUGAUAUUAAUCACCCAAUAUACAAAGAUAUUCAGGGAACAUUACCUCCAAGAUUUUGUGGUUUUAAUACAUAUACAAGAGAAUGUAUGGAUCCAGAAAAAUUGUGUCCUGGAAGAUGUGUUAAUUUUCAAUAUGUUUAUAAUUCACGAUUUGACUGCCGAUGUUUAGAUGUUUAA